AUGGCGGAAGCGGCUCGAAGCGAGCGAACAGGAGGAGACGAUGGAGGCGACGAAGGGGAGCGCAUGGCUGCAUGUACACGAGAGAAGAAGGUUGAAGCUCUGGAGGAGGAAGAUGAAACUGCAGAGCAAAAAGGAAUGAGCGAGCACGGCGCACUCACCAUAGAGGAUCCAAGUGCCGGCAAAGGCAGCAUAAAGAAGAGGCUUGGCAGGCAGUGGCACAAGUACUGUCAGACGCUCCCCAGACACUACAAGGGAGGAUUGAUGAGCUCAGAUGAGGUGGAUGCAAAGAGGGCUGGUCAGAAUGUAGAGAGGAGACGGCCUGAGAAGGGGGAUCAUCAUAAAGACAGCCACAGACGAGCAGGUCUCCCGGAGCAUCAACGGUGCUCGUUCUGGAUCGAACAGAAGAAGCGCCUGUGCUCGCGGCCCCGCAUGGAACGCUCGUCCUUUUGUAUCGGGCAUCAAGUUGCGCAAGGGGCAGACGGUAAGGAAGAUUCGUCCGAAGCAAGAGAGUGCGAGUUUUGUAGGACAAGGAUCCUACCCGACAGGUACGAGAGCCACCUGAAGCGAUGCAACGUCAGGACGAGGGAGGACGCGAUGAGGUCGUGCCCGUACUACAAGCAAGACAUCAACAGUGGAUCGCAAGGACGUCCUUUGCCUUCCUCUCAGCCUGUGAUGAGCGAUGCGGAGGACCCUGUGGGAUUCGUGGGGCGUGUGAAUGAGAAUUACGAAAUCCACGUCAGGGCAAUCGAAGAGCAAGAUUCUUCGCUGAUCUCAAACAUGGAAGACAAGGGAUUGCUCAAUCAUGUCACGGAUUCCACGUUCAUCGAAUUUGGGGCUGGCAAAGCAAUGCUGUCUUUGUCAUUAGUACAGUGUGAUGAGGCGGUCAACUUACUCUUGGUUGAGAAGGACAGCGGACACAUGAAGGGGAAGGCCGAUCGAAUCCUCCGCCUCCGAUCCCGUGGAGCUUUCCAGCGGCUGACUGUCGACAUCCGGCACCUUGACCUCAGGGCAGUUCCCUGCGGAGAAAUACCUCUCAUGAGUAGCGUCGUUGGGAUCUCCAAGCACCUUUGCGGAGUAGCCACGGACCUUGCGUUGCGAUGUCUGGUGAACUAUCACCACAGUGGAGGUCCGGGGGAAAAUCAGGGGCCCAAUGCGGUCAAAGGAAUCUGCAUCGCUCUGUGCUGUCAUCACCUGUGCACCUGGGAUGACUAUGUGGGGAAGAAAUUCUUCGUCAACGACCUGCAGAUAGGAAGGGGGGGGUUCGAGAUGAUGUGCAAGUAUGCCUCGUGGGCAACGGGAUGUCGACAGCAUAUGAAUGAGAAGCAGAAAACAGGAGACAACAAUGUAGAGCAACAAGACUCCAGUCAGCAUCAUCACAACGCCAAGAUAACGAUGUCGAGGGAAGAGAAGGUCUUGCUCUACAUCUGA